GCGACGUACGUUCCCGCGUGUGUAGUUUUUACCGUACGUUCACGCGUGUGUAAUUUUUACCGUACGUUCCCGCCACGCCGCAAGUUCACCGCACACGCGUUAUCAACCGCAACUCCGGCAAACAGCACUUUGUCGUCAAUCGUGUGAUACACACAAGAGUUUUUUUUACGCUCGAUAUGGAGCUGUUUAUCGGCGAAGUUAAUCUUCAUCCCGAAGUAUGGAAUAUAGCUGACAAUACUUACCACAAUCGAACUAAGAAAAGAGGAGCGUGGGUUGAGAUUUGUAGGGUGUUUUGUGAAGGAUUCGAUGAAAAGGAUGAACGUAAAAAAAAUGAUAUAUGUACCUCUUGUAUAAAAAAAUGGCGAAAUGUUAAGGACAACUUUAAAAAAAGUUUAAACAAAACAAAAUCUGGACACGCAGUUGGAUCAAGAAGAAAAUACAUUUAUGCCCGGCAAUUAUCGUUCUUACAAACUGCAGGUGCUGCUACGGAAACGCAAUCCAACUUUUAUAACAACGAAAUAAAGGAAGAGACCUCCAUCGCCAACAAAAAAACAAAUACGACUGAUGGCAUCGUUACGUAUCUGACCAAACGUUUUUAAACAGCCUUGCAGCGGUGCCGGACGUUAAAACAACGGACAUGUCCAUGAGUUUCUGUGGCCUCGCAGCAGUAUCGCAGCGGCGCCGCACGUUAAUUAACGCAAGUAUGCACCAGGCCUAAAAUAGAGUAUCUAUAAAUCUGUGGAAUUUACAAUCGUCCCAAAGAAUCUAAGUAUACGAGUAAGUUUACUUUCAUGAUUUAAUUUUUGAAAGAAACCAUACAAGUUGUAUGAUAAAACUCAUCAUUUUUAUUAAAAGAAAGCAUGAAGAUCAUUAUUUUUUGGUUUAUAAAACAUAUUGUCAACAUACUUGUCAGUUUCUACUACAUAUGACAGCUUUUUUACACAUUUUUCAAUAUCAAUCGAGGUAACCAUUAAAUGAUUGAAUUAUUUUGUAUUUUAA